GGUUACCGUAAACAUCUGUUCAAGUGCGCGCUGGUAAUACCGGAACAGUCCCUUCACCGCGUAAACGCUGUGAACUUCUUCUUUAAUGUUUACUUCUUAGUCUCACGUUACCGUUUUUUUUAACGCACAGACACACUACGUGAGUUAUGGCUCUCCAACAACUCAAGAAAGAAGACACUCUCGCCAUGAGGACGAGAUUAAUCGGACAGUCGUGCAGACUCUUUUAUUCGGGCGAUCCAGUGAAAAUAAUCAAAGCAAGAGGACAAUAUCUGUUCGACGAAAAUGGGAGGCGCUAUUUGGACUGCAUCAGUAACGUUCAACACGUUGGCCAUUGUCACCCCACAAUUACAAAAGCUGCAGCAGCACAAAUGGAUCUCCUGAACGUGAAUUCAAGAUUCCUGCACGACAACAUAGUUGUGUAUGCAGAGCGCCUGGCUGCCACUCUGCCAGAGAAGCUGUGUGUCUUCUACUUUGUUAACUCUGGAUCAGAGGCCAAUGACCUUGCCCUACGCUUGGCACAGCAGUACACGCAACAUGAGGACGUCAUAGUGCUUGACCAUGCAUACCACGGGCAUCUAACGUCCCUCAUCGACAUUAGUCCUUACAAGUUCCGGAAACUAAAAGGACAGAAAGAAUGGGUUCAUGUGGCGCCCUUACCAGACACCUACAGAGGCAUAUACAGAGAGAAUCACCCCAACCCAGGCCAAGCAUACGCUGAUACAGUUAAAGACAUGAUAGACGAGGUGCACAGGAAGGGCCGUAAGAUCUGUGCAUUCUUUGCAGAGUCAUUGCCAAGUGUCGGAGGUCAAAUCAUCUUCCCUCAAGGAUAUUCAGCUAAAGUUGCAGAAUACGUGCGCUCAGCCGGUGGAGUGUUUGUGGCAGACGAAGUGCAGACAGGUUUUGGACGUGUGGGCACUCACUUCUGGGCUUUCCAGCUGCAGGGUGAUGGUUUCUGUCCUGACAUUGUGACGCUGGGCAAGCCCAUGGGCAACGGGCAUCCUUUGGCAUGUGUGGCAACCACUGCGGCGAUAGCUGGGGCUUUCACGGCCAAUGGAGUGGAGUACUUCAAUACAUUUGGAGGGAAUCCGGUGUCAUGUGCAAUUGGCCUGGCAGUCCUCGAUGUGAUUGAAGAAGAGGACCUAAGAGGAAAUGCCACAAGAGUGGGAGCACACCUCAAGGAUUUGCUCACAGAGCUGCAAACAAGACAUACAGUAAUUGGCGAUGUCAGAGGUGUGGGGCUGUUUGUGGGGCUUGAGCUGGUCACAGACCGAGAGCAGAGGACCCCCGACACAGAAACGGCAGCAAUGGUGGUUAAAAGGUUGAAAGAGGACCAUCGAAUCUGUGUCAGUACAGACGGCCCAUGGGAAAGUGUCGUCAAGUUUAAACCUCCCAUGUGCUUCAGUAUGGACGACGCAGAACUGGUAGUGCAAUGCAUCGACCGCAUCCUCACAGACAUCUCAGCCAUUGAUCUCAAAGUUGAAAAGGAAGACUAAGGUCUUCAGUUCCAGUUUAUGGUACGGGCUGAUAAACCUAGAAAUGAAGUCCAGUGAAACUAGCUGAGGCACAUCAUUACCAUUGGGGAGAUAAGACGCUAAUGGGACACAAAAACUCAAGAAAUAUUCCAAAUCAAGACUAAUAAAUGCUUAACAGCAAAUUCUUCA